GUCAAACAUUUACGUUCGCUGUGCAACAAUGUUGCAGUAUACUCCUGUUAGAUUCAAAAUUUUACAUAGCGGCAUUAAUGCAGAAAUAGUGCAGGUUGUGUGGAAGAACAUCGUUUUGAAUGAUACAAACCAUCGUGUUUUAUUGGUUAGAGCAGAUCAAUCCCUGUUGUGUUUUAAAUACGACAAAAGAACAUUAUCUUGGCAACUCAUGUGGAACGAGAACGAAGUAUUUAGGGCGCAGGAUGAAUCCAGACACUGCCCAUGGUUGGUUACCGACGAUGGAUUCAUUGUGCUCAGAAACGGAACUGGAAUUCACGUUUUCAAAUUGGACGACCAACUCAAGUUGAAGCGGUUAGCGUCAGAUGGACGUUAUCAUGAUAUUUAUGGUUGGAAUCAUUCCAAUCAAUUACUGUUGUUUGGAUUUUUUAAUGCUGAUCGAGAUAGAGUGGGAAUCCUCAGCCGUAAUGCAGGAGGAAACAUUACUUUUGAGGCUGUAAUUAAAGAAGAAGCCAUUAAGUUGUCCGCGCUUCCAAUUUGGCCAAUGGAGCCACAACCUCAAAUACCGUCAUAUUGGCGACUUACGGCUACUAAAAUUACUCUGGCUUAUGUGGACGACACGAAUCAACAAGCUUUUAUAGUGCGGAAUCAAAAUGAACUCAACAUUCAUAAAUUCGAUAAAGCCCAUGCGAUAAAAACGUUGCUUACAACGAAAGUUGUACCAUUUUCGGCUCUUGCACCAGAUGAUGUAUUUUUCCAGCGCACACCCUCGAAAAUACAUGAUAUGUUACACUUCAACAGCACUGGAAUGACGAAGUUCAGAUACAAUGGACCUAGAGCUGGAUUCAUUCCAACAAUUAAUGUACCGAAAUUUUCGUAUAAUCAAGGAUGGACUGUCGAUCACACCAACUCCAUCGUCAUGUAUGAUCUUGACCGUGAUGGACGCGAUGAAUUGGUGUUCAUCGGACCUUCGGGAUUGAAUGCAGUUUCUUUUGCUUCGGACGCCCUCACCAUCGAACAUGUUUUAGAUAGUCAGGAUUUUAAUGUUAGUAACAGACACUUUAAGGCAUUCACAAUCGUGGAUUGUCAGAACGAUUCAAGUUUCAUAUCAGUUACUGAUGAUACUCUCACUGAAUUCAGAAUUGAGACAGCAAGCAACGGCACGAUGAAAACUACUGAAGUUUUUGAAGACACAACAUACGUAGAAGAUACAGCAGAGCCGAUUUCUUUGCUUCCGCCAGCAUCAAGCUUUCUUUCAAUCUUACCUUUACAUGAUCAGCUUAAUACUACGUCAUUUUUACAUCCUAGAAAUCCGCUGUUGGGAAUUUUGGAUUUCUCGAUUCCAAUUAUCAAUUUGAAACAUCUUCCAGGAAUUCCAAUAUCCCAUUCGAUUUACUACAAAGAAUACCGCCAAGCUGAUAUUUUGGGCUCCGGCUGGCAUUUGCCAGUUGAUUGCAUUUACGUCGACCGAAGAGGAAGUGUGUUUUCAAUUGAUCAUAAUUAUUAUCUAGUUAAAGAUGGCAGUCUCUCAGAUUUAAAGCCAGUUCUGCGAAAUGAUUCACCUGAUUACAUUUUAUUCACAUUAGAAGGCUCGGAAGAUGUUAUUAUAAAAUUUUACAAACUGGGGAAUAGGUGGGAAAUUAGUACGAAAUUUGAAACGCUUCUAUACGGUAGUUCAAACAAUGUGGAUUGGAUUCAAUGGGAGCCAGGCUCAGAUGUGUGGCCAGGUGCUUCCAGUAAAAUUUCUUUUGAAAAGCUCAAACCAUCGGUUUGGUUUCUGGCCAUGCGAAAGGAUUUUAACGACAAUUUUGUGAAAUACGUUUAUGAACCAGAAUAUGCAUCACUAGAGUCCGGACAGGAGUAUGUGCGAAAGUUGAAUCUGUUGAAAGUUUCAAAUAAUCACGGAGAUUUCGUGCACUUCGUUUAUAGCCAAAAGUAUAAUAAAAAGUUAAUGAUGGGAUUUCAUUUGAAAUCAGUCAACCUGAGCCAAGACGUUAAAUUUGAAUACACAUUAAUAAAAUCUGCUCCACGCUUGGUUUCUAUCAAUCAACUUGAUGUUGCGAUAUUACGCUUCAGCUAUGAAGGUUUAAGAGGAGAGCUGACGAAAAUUCAAUAUCCAAAUGGACUUGUAUCGCAGUUUUCUUACAAUCAGUUUGAGUUUCCAGCCGCAUUGGCUUGGAAUAAGUUUGAUUUUUUCACAAACGCGCAGGUUACGUACGGACCUGGUUAUCUAGUUGUGAGCGGACAAACCGAAUCUGGUCAAGUUCGCAUAAUGUCUAGAGAUAUUGUAGGUUCGAAGACAAUCGCAAUGUCAGAGUUAUCGUUUCCUUAUCUAGGUAAAGAAAGAGUUAAUAGCUACGAAGUGCUUACCGCCGAUUACUUCUUUUUUGUGCUACUAACUCAUGAAAACCAUAAAGAGUUGUGUUUAUUUAGGAAGCUCUUGCAAGGUUGGUCAUCAGAAGCUUCAUAUAUGAAGCUCUCGAAGCAGAGUACUCUGAUGGUCGGGAAAGCAUUUGUUCUGAUUAGAGAUGGGACAAAGUUAGCAGUUCUGCAGUUGAACGAUAAGCGAUGGGAUACGAAACCAGUUUUGAACAAUCUUAACCAGAGUACUGUAGUUCAGGCUUUCUCCUAUGCUUAUGUCGUUUAUGAUGAUGUAGAACUGCGUAUUGAUUUUCAGAAUAUGGAUGGUGUUUGGACGAGUAAAAAAUUACCAAUAGAAGCUGAUCUGGUCAGGUCUAGUUUAUCAAUUCUCAACAGAUUCGACACAGAUGCACUCACGUUGGAAAAACUCCAAGCUAUGUUUGAAAGUUCGCUUCUACAUGUCCAUCAUAAUGCUCUCAUCAUCAGAACAUUGGCGAUGCGAGGCAUGCAUUUGUACUCAAAUCUACAUUUUUAUGUAAUGAAUGAAAAGUAUGAACUAAAAAAUCAAGAAACAAUAGAAAUUUUAAUCGAAAACUUAGAAAAUACUUUGCUAGCGCUUCCUCCUUUGGAGAAUAAUUAUUUUAAAAUUGGCUAUAAAGAAGUCAAUGGUAAAUUCAAGGUAGUUGUGAAAGGCCAUACCGGUUCAAUACUCGAUCAAAUGGACAAAAAAAAACUCGAAGUUGAGGCAGAAAUCCAAAAGUACCCACAUGCAUCGAGAGAAGAGGUAGAAGAUUUUCGCCGGAAAAGUUAUGACCAAUUGGAAGGCGAUCUUCAGGAGAUCCACAGAAACGUGUCUGCGGCAGUUCCGUUCGCCAUUGAUCCAUCUAAAUUUGAUGUUUUUGUUAAUAGUGAUCAUGUCAUAGCUGUUUCAACCAGAGUAAGAUUCAACGGAGAGCGGUGGAUUCGUGAAACAAUUCCUCACGCAGAGCUAACCCUUGCGAGCUUUUCACUAAAGCUUGAUGAAUCGACAGUUUUGUCUAGGUCCGGUAAAAAUGACACCUAUAAACUCUUCAAAUCAGGUAAACUGUUUUGGGAUUCAAAUACUAUCCAUGGCGAGGACAUUUUGCUAUCAUAUCCCGUUUUCAUUGGUGUGAGUAGAUCAAAUGGUAAAAGUAAAUUACUCACUUUGGAGAACAAUAAAAUCCAUAAUUUGCCAAAAGGUGAACGUCUUAGCAAAAUCAGCAACUCGCUAGCCAUUGUAAGUACUACAGAGGAUGCUAAAUCAGUGAUAAUAAGAUCUGUGAAACCGCUCUUAAAUUCUCGCCAAAGUGUAAUCACCAAGCAAGAGAUCAUUCAUAAUAGGUAUGACCAACAGUCAACUGAAUUUGAUUAUGACACAAAAUAUGUUCGCUUGUAUCCAGAUGGUCUGGCUUUUUUUAAAUCUAAAAUUCUUCCGGGUGGUGAUUCAAGCUUGGGUUGGUUUGAAGAAGAAUUCAAUUUAGGUGUCAUGAACAACAGUACUAGAACUGUUUACAAUUCGAAGGGCGAUGCUGUGAAAACGAUUGACGCUUCUGAGAAAGUAGAAAAUAUUAACCUCGAUAAUGACGCAGUCCUACGUGACCUCACGGGAGUGCAUGAAAUUGUGAACUUUCAACCGUUCAGGAUUUCACAAGAGAUGGUGUCUUAUUAUGGUUUUGAACCCUACGAAGUAAAUCGUAUAGGGGUAAAUGACAAGUGGGUUUUUGACAGGCAGUCUAUAAUGCAAAACAAUUCGAACCAUUUUCUCAGGUUGUCCGCGGGAGCAUCCAUUUCCGGUAGAUUCAAACCUGAACAGAAUGAUUUUUCUUUUGUGUCAUCCUGUUGGGUUCGAACAAAUCAAAGUGACGUUCUACCAGACAGUGUAACAUUAUCAGUAAUAUCAAGUAAUAAUGAUGUUGUGGAAACCAUAAAGGGCAAAAUUGAACGAAACAUUGGUGAAUGGUAUUACGUAGAAGCACUCUAUCAACCUAAGCAAAAAUCUGAUGCGGUUGGUUUUCAUGUAAGAGUUAAAAACAUCCAUGGAUAUUUAUUAGAUGUCGAUCAUGUUAGAUUUACACCACUGCAGUUUAACUUCGAAGCAAAUUUAUUGGAUUUCAAUGGAAAUGUUCGAGCAGUGUUGACAAACUCCGGAACAUUACGACAAACUGUCCGAGACUUGUUUGGUAAUGUUGUUGCACAGGUUUCCGAGAAAGGAGCUGUAGAAUUUUUCGCGAGUAUGUCUAAGAACUCCGCACUUCGUAAAAAUACGGAGUUACUUUCGCGUAUUGAAAUGCGUCCCAUGAUGGGAGAAAUUGAUUUGUCUGUUUCUAAAGGCAAAUAUAAAAGACGUUUAAAAUACCAACCUCAAAUUCUUGGCUUUCGGUUUUUAUAUAAACUCAGUGAUGUGGGGAGUAUAAUUUUAAACAUACAAAGCAUUGUUAUUCGACUGCACCGAAGUAAGAAUCACACAACUUUUAAAGUGGGUGAUGAUAAAACGCACACCGUAAACUCAGAAGGUGAAUGUCUUGUUUUAAUCACCAAAUCACAUUCUGCAUUUUGGAUUGAUGGCCAUUUAGUAUUCGAAAGGCAGUUUAGAUCUCACGAGGAACCGUGGUCGAUUAUAGAUGUUGAAACAAGUGACAGUGCGUCACUAGCAGAGCUGAUUUAUAUGUACGAUCCCGCAGUGAAAAUUUUUUAUUUGAACAAAUUGGGCUUUCCUGUACAGGAGAUCAUUUUGACAAGCCACAACAUAAUCAGCUGUCGUCAGAUUGUUUACGAUCAAGUGGAUCGACCUGUUUUGAAAACAAAAUGGACAGAGUUGGAACGAGAUUCCCAUGCACUGUUAAACUAUAAUUCAAACCUUCUGACUAACAUGAAUCGAGUUCCCCAUCACCGGAAAUUGGAAGGACUUGUCAAUGAACAUAAUGCUGAUUGUGAAGGCUAUCCAUACACAUGGGUAUAUUAUUCAGAUGAUCCGUUGGAAAAUAAAUCCGCAGAAGGGCUUCCCGGAAAAUCAUUUUCUAUUGUUGGACAGCAUUUUGUUAAAUACGGAUCAAACCCAAACAUUGCCUUUCUGAAAGUGUUAUUUCCUCAAUCAGAAGGUUUUAAUCACAACUUUGAAGUAAAUUCAGCUAGUUCGACAACAGUACGCGUAACUGAUAGGCAUGGAAAUAAGGUUGCGGAGCUAGUGAAGGUAGUGAACCACGAUCACCGACUAACUACGUUCGAGUAUGACGAGAAAAACCGACUUUUGUGUGUGUUACCCCCAGCAUAUCAUAGAAAAAGUAGGACUUUCUCUGAAACGAGUCCUUUUCAAACAUUUAAGUUGACUGUUGAUGCAGAAAAGUUGAGAGCAAAAUGGGGAAAACGGUUCCGAUAUGAUGCGAAUGGUCGUUUAGUAGAAAAAAAUACUCCUGAUUCUGGAAACGAGCAGUACAUGUACACAAAAGAAGGUUUAUUAAGGUUUCUAAUUCACAGCAAUAGUGAACAAACUUCACAUUAUGUGAUAUAUUACAGCUAUGGUUUCAAUGGGAACAUUAUAGAAAAGGGUUUAACUGAAAUUCCAAUUAGCAAAUUACAUGAAUACUUGGAGAAUCAUGCAUCCCUGCCAAUCUCGGCCAACUUUAUAGUUUAUGAUUCUGGUGAGAAUGAGCUGAUUCCAGGCUACAGAAAUCAUGUAAAAAAGUCCAGCAAAAGAUCGGGUCCAGUAACCGUAUCUGAAGCGCUUCUCUAUAACUUUAAGAAACAAUUAACUAGCCAGAUAUUUGUUUCAUCAAAUAAUUCGCUUUCCAUUGAUUAUAAGUAUCAAAACGAAAAACUAACUGAAAUUCAUUACCCAUUCAUGGCUGCUGAUGACCAGUUGUUGAAAAUAUCUUACAAAUACACCGCAAACGGGAAAAUAAAAACGGUUCGUGUUGGAAAUCGAACAGUUGCAGCAUUGACAUACACCCCCUUCGACGCAUUUGAAGAAAUACACUUUGAACCGAAUGGUCGUUACAACUACAAGCGACUAUUUUCCUACAAUGCUCCAGGUUUUAUAACUGGAAUUACAGACAAAUUCCUAACAGAAACUGUUGACUACACAGCCAAUAGUUACAGUGGGCAAACGUUUGGUGAUGGCACAGUUUCGGCAACCACCUUUAACGCAACCUGGCAUCAUUUCAGCAACUUAGAGUUAGUAAAGCUUAAGCCUGCGCAUUUGGUGUCACCAGAAACUACCCUGGAAUACGCCGACAUAUGUCUAAAAUCACUGCAAAAACUUGGUUACCUGGAUAAGUAUUACCGACCUCAGAAAACAUUUUAUCCAUCAUCAGAGCUCCAGCUUCCAAUAAUUUGUUCUACUGGCUCUAGGGCAAACUCCAUUGCUGCUAAACUGAUCAAGGGAUUUCCACAAUUCUACGGCCACCGUCACGAUUACGAAAAUCAUAAACAGUUGCUAAAGGCCAAAUAUUUCCAAAGCAUCGACGAAUCGAAAUUCGCUCCUCUCACUGAAACAACAUUUUCUACUUAUAUUAAAGAGCUAACAUCAGCGGGUUCCAAAGCAAUUUGGAAUGCGUUGAAAACUGCGGGAUUCAUCAUAACCGAUUGUAGCAACAGUAUGGUUUGUCAUGGUUUACCUGGUAAAUCCAUCUUCGACACGAAAAUAUCUAAUCACACCUACGGAGUGUCCUUGGAAACGCUGUUUGCAGAAGUAAUAAGGUCCCGUAAGGAUUUACGGGAACUUACCUUUUCAACAACAUGCAAAACUUGGCACAGUCACGAUCCAGUUAAUCAGACUCAAAUCUGUAACGCUCUUUGGGCAGAGUUAUUAAAAAACAACUUUGUAGGCAGCAGGUCUAUCAAAUCGGUAAAUGUAUUAAAUGAGGAAUUUAUACGAACUCUUAAACCUCACUCUCGAUUUCUCACGAAUGUUGUUCAUAUUCUGAUUGAUGGGUUUUCUAAAGCUUUAAGUAAUUGCGACGCGGAUGUUCAGUCUUAUGAAAUCGAUGCCAAUGGUAACCACUUACAUUUCUACACUGGAUUUAACCGCUACCGAAUGGAAUACACUACGGACACGAAUAAGAUCGAUAAGGUUUAUCACCUAGAUCUUAAAACUGAAGCAAUGCAAGAAAGGGAAUAUCGUAUGAGGUAUGAUUUUGAUGGCAGCGUUAUUGAAGCUGCUCAUAAGGGUAUAAAAAGUAUUGUUUAUGAUCGCUUGUUGAAACGUGCGAGAGCAAUAGAAAUGAAGGACGGUAGAAAAUUGACAUUCGAAUAUAACGUCCGUGGAGAGCGAAUAUUCAAGCAGGUGAAGUACAAAAAUGGAACAACUCUAAAAAAUAAAUAUUAUAUUCGCGACAUAAAGGGAAGAUGCUUGACAGAUCACGAAGUGAUCUAUUCUCUUGACGGUAGGAUAAACUACAUUCGUGAUACUGCCUAUAUCUUUGCUGAAAAUACGAUGAUCGGUUUUUUUCGUAAUAAUCAAUUUUAUAGUGUAUUCUCCGACCAUGAAGGUUCAAUUAGGUUAGUGAUAAGAAAUGGUGAAGUAGUAGCUGCAUACGAUUAUCUCCCCUACGGGCAUCUGUCUCGAAAGUACCUUAGUGAUCCAGAUGCUGAUAUUGCGUAUCUUUAUACAGGCCAAGAAUGGGACGAAGAAACAAAGUUGUAUAAUUUUCAUGCACGGUUAUAUGAUCCCGAGAUCGGAAGAUUCUUCCAAAUUGAUCCUAAAGAACAAUAUCCCAGCCCUUACGUUUAUGCUGGAAAUUCGCCAAUUUCUUUGGUUGAUCCAGAUGGGCAAUUUGCUUUUCUCAUUCCUAUUGCGCUUGCUGUUGUUGGAGCGUAUCUUGGCGCUUCUGCCGCGAACAAAUCAUUUAACCCAACUAAGUGGUCUCUGAAACCCACACUCUAUGGUGGCAUCCUUGGUGCAGUGGUAGGGGGUUUAGCACCUUCAGGGAUUACCACCUCAUUUUCUUUUUUAACGGUAACUUUGGGUGUACCUGGAUUUGUCGCAGGUGGUAUCAUGGUCACUAGUUCCUUGACUUUUGCCUAUCUUAGUACAGCGGCCGUGAAUAAGAAAUGGGAUCCGAGUGAAUGGGAUUGGGCGAGUCCACAAACAUGGAAUGCUCUAUUCGCGGGUAGUAUCAGUGGUGCAACCUUUUUUAGUGGCGUUGAUAAGGUCCAUAAGACUUACUUGACUUUUAGUAAUGCACAGAAAAUAGUUUUUAUUGGAUUUGUUACAUCUAGUACCGCGGGCGUUGCACUUUACACAGGGGCAGAUGCUAAUAAUGAUAAUUACAAAUUUUGGGAGUGGAAUUGGAGUAACCCUGAAACUGUCUGGGCAGUUACCUCAGGCGCAAAUUUUGGGAUGUCUGUAUCUCCUGAACUAAGUGAACACGUUCACAAAGUAACAGACUUUAUCAAAUCAAUUGAAUCAGGCAAUAUACACGCCAUUUUCUCGAAGCAGAAGUUCGCUGAGAGUAUGCAACAACUAACAACUCUUACUCACACUAAACUAAAAUUACUAGCGAAACAAGCGCGUUCUUAUGGUGCACUAGCGGCAAUUGCAGCUGCUUCUCCAAAAGGAACAGCUAUGUUAGAUGAUAUCGAACAGGUUUUGUUUGAAACGACAAAAUAUGUAACCGCCUUAAAGGCCAGAAAACAUGAUCCUCAACCUGAAAAACUAAGCAACAUCUCACGAUAUCGUAAGCAGCGUAACAUCGACUGUUGUCAGCUGCAAACUGUAAAUCACUGGUCUAUACUAGAUAACAUGAAUGUUUUGAAGUCAGGAGUUUCGUCUGUUUUUACUGCGAAUAAAUUCUUCCUUCAAAUUUUAAAUGGAAUAAAACAUUUUUUCAAAACCGGAAGCACAGUAGCCCACACAUUCUCUAAGAUAGGGUUUCCUGGACAGAAGCAGAAUGAAGAACAUAGGUAUACAUUGAAUAAUUGCUUCAGAUUGAAGACGAAUGAAACUUAUUAUAUCAAAUGUUUUGGUCAUAAUGCACGAUAUGAAAUUUAUCCGAAUUUAGAUACACAAAGUUUUUUCAUUGAAGAUUCUUUCACUCACUGCAUGCCGAUUGAUUACUGGGACAAGCCAUCAGUCGUGUGUAAGGGUGCGAAUAGCUCAUUAUUUUUCAUCCCUCAUGCAAGUGGAAAUAUUCUCGAAGCCGUCAAUGCUUUCCUUUUGUUACUUCUGAUUGCUCCAGCCGCCUUGACCCGCAUUAAAACCUACUUUUACUCAUUAGGUGGUAAAUCAAACAAAAUGCAGAAGAACUCAAACAGCAGAGAACAUACGGACGCAUUGAAGCGAAAACUCAGUAUGUUUUGGGAAUAUUUCGCAAUAAUUGAAUCAAACCGAGAAAAUCAUUUUAUGAAAAAUAUUUAUUCCGAUCUGAUUGAAGAUAUAGAUGAGUAUGCCAAAAAUAAAAACGAAGUUGAUUUUGAUCAAUUGCUUACACGGACGGAGGCCCUGAUGGAAGAAAUAAGAGAAACCAUGAUAUUGUCCAGUUUACACAAUGAUAAACACGUUUUUGAAUUUCCAAUGCAUAGACAAUUCCAACAAUUUCAUACAACUGAAAUAUCUGGUAGUUCAACUGCGAUAUUCAAUAUCAAUUAUUCACCACAAAAUUUAUUCUGUAUAGAUUAAACUGUUUUCGUACUCGUUUGGAAUAAACAAUAAUAAGGCUUAAUUUUAAGAGAAAACAAAACAAUAGCAAUAUCCUGUAUUUGUAUUAGGAUUCGGAAGACAAAAAUAUGACUAUAACAUGAAUAUCAUAUGUCGUGA